AUGUGCUACUUUCAGGUCUCCUCACACUGCUGGUGGGUUCCAUUUUGUCAUAGGGUGCUGGCAGAUUACGGGCCUCCCAUUGCUGCUGCCAGGCCCGUAAUCUGCCAUGGGCCCCCGUACCGCCUCCUCAUGCUGCUGCCAGGUCCAGAGUGUCUCAUGGGUCCCUGUACGGCCUCCCAUUGCUGCUGUCUCCAUCGCCACACUCUGCCAUGUGCCACUUUCAGGUCUCCUCACACUGCUGGUGGGUUCCAUUUUGUCAUAGGGUGCUGUAUGGCCUCCCAUUGCUGCUGCCUCCACCGCCACACUGUGGCUCCACACUCUGGUUUUGGCCCCGUGACUGCCCAAAUGAGUGAAGUGUGCGGUGAUUCUAAGAUCGACGGCACUCAUCUGCAUGUCAUACUG